AUGUUAUUAACAGCCCAAAUACCCGAGUCACUAACUCCCUUCUCGAUUUCCCAUGGUUCUCUCUCGGUAUCAUGGCUGCUGCCAUACCGUCUGCACUGCUACGCUACUCGGCUGUACAGAACUUUCGAAGCCACUCUAGCUGCCAGGAGCGACAACUCAGAGCACCCCAUCACACUGUUGUCCUCAGUAGAGCUAGCCGCACACUACAUGUGUUAUGUCGCACACGAGACCCAAGCCAAUACAGAUAGAGCUUGCACCCAAACCCAUGAUAUCUCUAAGUUACUUUUGGAGGACUUCGAGGCCACGUUUCUCCGAUCGAAUGACAUCCAUACUCUAGCAUCGGCUCUUCCUAGUAGCGAUUCUGCGAAAGACGAGCUCCUUCGCUGUUACUAUGAAACAUGUUUCAUCACGAAACAUAACACACCGCUCAACGAGUCUGCCCUAUUGAAGGCCGCUCGCGAAGGUAUUGUUUCCUUGUAUACUACUUUCAGCGGGCAGGGUUGUGGUGGACGAUACUUCGACGAACUUAGAGAGCUGUUCCGACUUUAUCCAUCUUUCGUGGGAACUCUCAUAUCAGAGUCCGGGAACCUGUUUCGAGAACUUGCCAGCAACCCUAGCGCUGGCAGGCUGUUCAGCAAAGGAUUCGACAUCAUGGCUUGGCUGCACCACCCGCAAACUACACCAGACACCGAAUAUCUCAUUUCCGCACCAGUCAGCUUUCCAAUAAUCGGUCUAGUUCAGCUUGGACACUAUGCUGUGUCCUGCAGGGCUAUGGGGCUAGACCCUGGUGCCUUCCAAAGGAGCAUUCGUGGAAGUACAGGCCACUCACAAGGCAUUGUGGUUGCGGCGGCUAUGUCUGCAGCGGAUUCAUGGGAAGCAUUUGACCGGUUGGCCACAUCUUGCCUCACAGUGCUGUUCUGGAUUGGUGUUAGAAGUCAGCAAGCAGCGCCUCAGAUGUCACUAUCGCCAGCCCAGAUACAAGAUUCCAUUG